AUGCCUCGAGCGGUAUCAGCAAAGCUAUCAAGACAGCACGAGCCUUCCGCCGGUCUCAGAUCAGGCUCGGCGCGCUCAGCUGCAUCCAGCUCCAGCUCUGUUCACGCAUCCAACCAGAACUCGAGUGCCACCACCAAGAACCCCAUCUUCAACACGGACAAGUUCGGCCAGCAUAUCCUCAAGAAUCCUCUCGUGGCGCAGGGUAUUGUCGACAAGGCCAACCUCAAACCAACGGACAUGGUUCUCGAAGUCGGUCCAGGUACAGGUAAUCUGACCGUUCGCAUCCUCGAAAAGGCCAAAAAGACCACCGUAGUGGAAAUGGAUCCACGCAUGGCUGCCGAAUUGAGCAAGCGUGUUCAAGGAAAGCCUGAACAACGCAAGCUUGACAUCAUGCUUGGCGAUUUCUGCAAGACCGAUUUACCUUACUUUGACGUCUGCAUCUCCAACACGCCUUACCAGAUCUCAUCACCUCUGGUCUUUAAACUGCUCUCACACCGACCGCUCUUCCGAUGUGCGAUCCUCAUGUUCCAGCGAGAAUUCGCUCUGCGACUCAUCGCACGACCCGGUGACAAUCUAUGGUGUCGUCUUUCCGCCAACGUCCAACUUUACUCGAAAGUAGAUCACAUCAUGAAGGUCUCUCGCAACUCGUUCCGACCACCACCGCAGGUCGAAUCAAGCGUAGUGCGCAUCACGCCACUCAACCCGCCGCCCGCGAUCCCGUUUGAAGAAUUUGACGGCCUAACGCGAAUCGUGUUUUCUAGACGCAACAAGACAGUGAGAGCGAGCUUCUUUGACGCUCGUGGUGUCAUUGAUAUGCUCGAGUCCAACUACAAGACGUAUUGCGCCGUCAAGGAGAUCAUGCCCGAACAAGGCAGUUUUGCCGACAUGGUCAAGCAAGUGCUCGUGGAGACGGGAUCUGCAGAGAACAGAGCCGCAAAGAUGGAUAUUGAUGAUCUGCUCACCUUGCUCGCUGCUUUUCAUGAGAAGGGCAUUCACUUUUCUUGA